CUGAUCACCAAUUGCUCAGGUCCAAAGAUUGCCUGCGUAUCCUGAGAAUAGGCUCCUUAAAAAUGCCCGAUUAGAUGGUGGAGAUACGAGGUUUGAGCUACCGGUUGUAGAAGAAGGUUGAACUUGGUAGGUAGGUUUCUGGAAGGAGAGAUGGUGGAAGGGUUCCCAGCCAGGAUCUAGCGCACAGUCCUCCCUACCAGCUGGCUCCAACUGCUAAAUCCCGACAUUGCCCCGGGAUGAAAAGGCAAUGACAUUCCCCAGAAACGUCCAGCUGCCCCAGAGACUCACAAGUCGCUGAAAUGGCGGCCGAACAGCGGUGUGAGUGGACUGCAGCCAACGGGUUGACGUUGCAUCCCGCGCGAGACCGUUGAGGCUGAUUAUCCCGCUUUUCCCUCCAAGCCCAAUCAAUACAAGUAUCCCCAUGUACUGUACCUCGACAGUUUUCUUACUCCAACCCAUUCAUUCCGGAGCUGCUUGCCAGGCCAGACACCAUGGCCAGCGCACAAGAGGCACCAUCGUCGACCCCAUACACAAUAUGGAACGACCGUGACCGCUACCUGCUGGUCUGCCUCCUCGGCUACCUCGCCCUGGCCUCAUCCCUAACCGCCAACAUCUACUUCCCGCUUCUCGACCUCCUCGCCGAGCAAGACGGCGUCUCGAUCCAGGCCAUCAAUCUCACCAUCACUCUGUUCAUGGUCUUCCAGGGCAUCGCGCCGUCUUUCUGGUCGCCCCUCUCCGACGCCUGGGGCCGCCGACCCGUGUACCUGGCCACCUUCACGGUCUACACGCUCGCAUCACUGGGGCUGUCCAUCGCGGAGCGCAACUACGCGGCGCUGCUCGUGCUGCGCGCCGUGCAGAGCGUCGGCGGCAGCACGGUGCUGUCGCUCGCGUACGCCGUCGUCUCCGACGUGUCGGUGCACGCGGACCGGGGCCGCUUCCUGGCCCCGAUGCUGACUGCCACCAACGUGGGGCCCUGCAUCGGGCCCAUCAUAGGCGGCGGCGCCGUCUUGGCCACCGGGGACCCCCGCUGGUGCUUCCGCGCGCUUCUCAUUUUUGGGGGGUCCGCGAUUCUGCUGAUCGGGUGGACCAUGCCCGAGACGAACAGGAACGUGGUGGGUAACGGCAGCGUGCCCGCCAAGAGCAUAUGGAGGACGUGGUGGAGCCUCCUCCGCAGCAGCUGGAGGAGGAGGAGACCCUCACAGACACUGGCAGGGGAGGGGCAUAGAACGAUCAGCGCUGACGAGGGGUCACUCGAGAAAGGAGCACUCGCAGGGCCUCUCCCUGGGCAGGACCCCGCCCCCACAGAAGGGGGCGGCCCACGGGGCACGCAACAGCCCACUGGCCGCGGCAAGAUGAUCCUGCCGAACCCUUUCAAGUCAGUCCGCCUCCUCUUCUACCCCGACAUCUUCCUGGCCCUAUGGCUGGCCGCCUCCCCCUACGCGCUGUGGUUCUGCGUACAGACGUCCAUCACGCCCAUAUUCGCCGACCUGUACGGCUUCAACCCGCUGCAGGUCGGCGCGUGCUUCCUAGCCGGCGGCGCGGGCAUCAUUGCCGGCGGCUUCGUAGCCGGCCGCCUGAUGGACUGGAACUACCGCGCCGUCGCUGCAUCGGCGGGCCUGACCAUCGACCUCGUGCGCGGCGACGACAUGGCCGACUUCCCGAUCGAGCGGGCGCGCUCACGCGGCUCCGUCCGCACCCUCGUCGUCUCCGUCGGCGCCGUCGUCGGCUACGGCUGGGCCGUCGAGCGGCGCGCCCACCCGGCCGUGCCGCUGCUCCUGCAGGCCUACCUCGGCUGCAAGUGCACGACGCUGCACCAGACCUUCAGCGUCCUGGUCGUCGACAACUUCGCCGACGCGCCGGGCGCCGCCGCCGCCGCCAACAACAUCACGCGAUGUGCCCUGGCGGCAGCCGCCGUCGCCGUCCUCGACCCCCUGGGCCGAGCCGUCGGCCGCGCCUGGGUCUUCACCCUGCUGGGUCUCGUCGACGCCGGCGGGUGCGUCGCCGCCGUGCUGGUGCUCCGGCGGUGGGGCCCCGAGUGGAGAGGAAAGAGGGCUCUGGAGAAGGCGGGGGGUGCCAUAGUCUAGACUCGAGUCGGGUAGGGAAAAGCCGGAGGGUCGUGGUCCCCCAGCCCUUGAUGAGGCCUUUGAUGAUCUACUGGCACGUAAGCCCGCAGCCUCAAAUAGAGAGGCUCAGGUCAUCCAUCUUCAUUGGCCCGGAUGUGAUAUCGCGCAGUACCUCAAGAAGCGGCAAAGUCGGAGUGGGUGGGCGGGCCACCGCCUCCUCUGAGAUGCACACGGACCUGUUACCCAGCGACCGCCGUCAUGGCCCAGCGGUAUCUGUCCGCCUACAACGGCCACGCCCUUGCAGAAUGUUAUACCCAAAUACGAGAUUGGACAUAUCAUUCAGAGGCCAGCUUAAUUAAAGUCAUGGGUUUAGACUACAUAAAUAGAGACCGGGCUCGUCCGACCGGACAUCUCAAGCCUUUGCCAAUGUACUCUUACG